CGCCGGGCAAGAUGGCGGCGGUAGCGCCGAUAUGGAGCAGCCGCUCAGCCUGAGCAGUUUUUACACAAAAUAGCUUAAACAUCUUAACUUAAAUCUGAAAACAGCACAGUAUCGGUUUGGACUGUUCAACUUUGGCUAAGUUUUAACAUUUUCUGUGGACAAUGUUCAGAUCCUAGUGAUCUUUUACUCGAGUCCAGCGAGCAAACGAGGCAGAAAGUAUAAUGGGAGAAAAGCUAGAACUGAAGCUCAAGUCGCCGGUUGGAGCCGAAGCUGCAGGAUAUCCGUGGCCGUUACCGGUUUAUGAUAAACAUCACGAUGCCGCACAUGAGAUUAUCGAAACCAUACGGUGGGUGUGUGAGGAGAUCCCAGACCUUAAACUGGCCAUGGAGAACUACGUGCUCAUUGACUACGACACAAAAAGUUUUGAGAGUAUGCAGAGACUGUGUGACAAGUACAACAGAGCCAUCGACAGCAUUCACCAGCUGUGGAAAGGUACGACUCAGCCGAUGAAGCUGAAUAAACGGCCUUCAAACGGCCUGCUUCGUCACAUCCUGCAGCAGGUCUACAAUCACUCUGUAACUGAUCCAGAGAAGCUGAACAACUAUGAGCCCUUUUCCCCUGAGGUGUACGGAGAGACUUCGUUCGAUCUGGUGGCUCAGAUCAUUGACGAGAUUGAGAUGAUGGAGGAGGACACUUUUGUGGACCUGGGCAGCGGUGUGGGGCAGGUGGUCCUGCAGGUCGCUGCCGCUACCAACUGUAAGCACUACUACGGUGUAGAGAAGGCCGAGAUUCCAGCCACGUACGCAGAGGCAAUGGACAGGGAAUUCAAGCGGUGGAUGAAGUGGUAUGGGAAAAAGCAUGGCGAGUAUACACUGGAGCGAGGAGACUUUCUGUCAGAAGACUGGAAGGAAAGGAUAGCAAACACAAGUGUUAUUUUUGUAAAUAACUUUGCCUUUGGUCCAGAGGUGGAUCACCAGCUGAAGGAACGCUUUGCCAACAUGAAGGAAGGUGGAAAAAUUGUAUCCUCAAAACCUUUUGCACCUCUCAAUUUUAGAAUCAACAGUCGAAACUUGAGCGAUAUUGGCACAAUAAUGCGUGUUGUUGAACUUUCUCCACUGAGAGGCUCUGUGUCUUGGACAGGGAAGCCAGUUUCCUACUAUCUGCAUACAAUAGACCGUACCAUACUUGAAAACUAUUUUUCUAGUCUUAAAAAUCCUAAACUCAGGGAGGAGCAGGAAGCAGUGAAACGGCGUCAACAGAAGGAGAACAAGGACAGUAAAAGCAGCAGCACCACCCCAACCAAGCCAAAGGAGCACAAGGAGUCAUGUGGUGAAGAGGAAACCUCGGGGGUACUGGUACCAAUCAAAGCGUCACCUAAACCACGUCGUGCCAAGCUGCUUGCCAAGGGCCGCAAGUUGGGCAACAGGAAACGCGGGCGGCCCAAGAAGUCCAUCAUGGCAGCAGCCACUGAACGCAAGACCAAGAAGAGUCAGAGCGCCUUAGACCUUCUUCAUGCCAAGACCGUCUCAGCAGCGCCCCCUCAGGAUGCAUACAAAUCGCCUCAAAGCCCCUACUACCAGCUACCUCCUAAAGUUCAACAUUACACCCCUGGCCAGCUGCUGCUCAGCAACAUGCCUGCCGGCCUGCAGACUUUACUGGAUAAUUUCAAAGUCCAGUACAUGCAGUUCUUGACCCAUAUGAAGACACCACAGUACCACACAAAUCUGCAGCAGGCUCUGGAGAAGGAGAGGCUCAGACACACUGAACUGUCCGCUCAAGCCCAGUGUCUGAUGAACGCCUGUCACACUCACAAGGAGAGGAUCCGGGACCUUUUCCAGGCCAAACUAGAAGAGCUGGGAGUAAAGGCAGUGACCGUAGAGGACCUGGUGCAGGCUCAGAAAGAGAUCAUGGCCCAUAAUAUGCAGCUGAAAGAACAAACCAAGCAGUUGGAGAGAGACAUGGCUGAGCUUAAAGACCAGAGCCGACUACUGCUAAAGGCUCGCUGCGAGGAGCUGAAACUGGACUGGGGGUCGUUGUGUCUUGAGACGCUAUUAAAGGAAAAGGCUGCUCUGCGUCGACAGAUCUCUGAGAAACAACGCCACUGUCUAGAACUUCAGAUUAGUAUUGUGGAGUUGGAGAAAAGCCAAAGACAGCAGGAGCUACUACAGCUCAAGUCCUCCUAUAGCCCAUGCAAAGACUCGCCAUACCGCAAGAGCCUCCCUAAUCUAGAGCCCCGUCCCCCAACAGACACCAACACCCCCAAACUGGCCGAACUGAACGGCCUUAGCCCCGAGUUGUCCAUCAACGGCACAGCGUCUCCUAGCUACGAGCGUGGAGGCGGCAUCAACUGCUUCAAUGGCAAGAACGAUCUGCUCUCCCACUACCUGCCAAUCUCCCCCGAACAUGAGAUUGUGCCCCCCACCCCAGAGCCUCGAAGCAGGCCUCUAGGACAGCCCCUGCCCGACUACACGCGCUUUUCUCCAGCUAAGAUCGCUCUGCGCAGGCACCUCAACCAGGACUCUGCUAUAGGCCAGGCCAGGGCGCUCAGCACCAUCCACAGGGGCGACGUUGGCGUCGUGUCAUCUCCAACCUUAAAACAGGGAAGCGCCUCACCAAGCGCAGCUGAAAAUCAACAACCAAAUGCACUCAAGAGUGUAGAGAGGGUGAAUAAGGAGAAGAUCCCAGCUGGAGCAGGUGACAACAUAACUAGUCUCCCAAUCAGCAUCCCUCUCAGUACUGUACACCCCAACAAACUUCCUGUCAGCAUCCCACUGGCCAGCGUGGUGCUGCCCAGUCGUGCCGAGAGACUGAGGAAUACUCCCAGUCCUAUGUCUAGUAGGGAGCAGUCAGCAGGGCCAAACAGCAAGCAACCUCUGACACCUAACUCGGGAUUGGUGAACGGCUCCCACUCUGCUGUGUGUGAUCAAGACUGCAACUCCAUGUCUCCUAUACCCCAUCUUCAGUCACGUGGGUCUGGAUCCAGCCCUCUGCUGAGCACAGGCGGAGUGCUGCAAUACGCAGACAGACCCUCCCGUCUUCCCGACGAGGGCCACCAGCAUCAUGGCCUUGAAUCUGAUCCCGAGAUCCUAGACAGCGAGGCUCGCCGCCACAUGUUCUUCUCUUCCUCUUCGUCUUCGUCUUCAUCCUCCUCCUCUGCCGGAGGCUCAGGCCAACAUCACGGAUCAGCCAAGCAGGGAAAGCAUCACAGCAGUCAUCACCACCACCACCAUCGCUCACCGGGCUCUCACGGGUCAGAAGGGCGCAAGAGAGGACGCCGGAAACGCAGCUCCUCUAGCCUCGUUCCAGCAAGUAGUUCCCCUAAAAAACGAUCGUUCUCUGGGAUUAACUACUCCUCGGGUUCCCCACUUAACAUAAACACCAUGGUGAACAACAUUAAUCAGCCUCUGGAGAUCUCCGCCAUAUCCUCUCCAGAGCAGGCAGGCGGCAGUCCGUGUGAGACGGACCUGGACCAGCCACCAGUACUGAAGCGAGAACGGCCGCUGGAGAUUAAUGGCUCCAACCGUGACCUAUCCCCCCCUAGCUCAGAGGACGAGGAGACGGGAUAUCCAGCAGACAGUAGCUCCUUACGAAUUGAAAGGAAAAUUGCAACAAUUUCUCUGGAGAGCAGAGACGGUGAGAGGGGUUCACAGGGCCGUAAAUCGGGGGCCAGUAGCGUGAACAGUGACGUCUCUUCUUCUUCCAGCAAGUGGAAGUCUACCUUCUCACCCAUCUCCGACCCCAAACCUACUCCUCCAGACCUCCGGCAGAGCAACUCUCCGUUCUGUGGGGGGGUGUCUUGUGGCCCAGACUCCGACUCUGAGCAGAAACCGCAAAAGCGAGCAGAUCGAGAACGCAGCGAGCAUUACGGCAACUCUAAACCCUUUCUAGGUCUGGACAAAGCACGGGAGGCCUUUCCCAAGCAAAAGCCUCGCGAGUGGGAGCUAAAGGCUCUCAGUGGUCUUAGCCAGAACCUCUUCAUCUCUGCUGCAGCCGGUGGAGGUCUCCUGUGUGGAAAAGUGGGUAGGGCCACUGCAGUUUCUUCUGCCUCCUCUGUGGGACAGUAUUUCCCUCUGGGCGGCCCCUCCGUCUUACAGACCUUCUUCGGCACGCAGACUCCUAACCCGGCCACCAGCGGGCCUCCACGAUUGGUUAACGGUCACUCUGUUCUGGGCAGCUUUUCUAGUGCUGGACUGGCAGGAGGCGCUGCGGGAGGGAUUUUUCACCACAUGACGCCUUCAGUAUCCUCUCAACAGUCUGCGCCCCCCAGUUCGCAGCACAGCCACUCUUCCUCACAGCAGAGGAAUCUGGACUCCAAAGCCGGGGCCUUGUACCUGGCCCAAUAUGGCCGCACGCAGACUGUCCUGCACGCUCCCUCCCCUCCUGUGCUUUCCCUGCCUCCCCCUCCUCCCCUUCUCAACACCUCCUCCUCUUCCUCUGCUCCUCUCCAGCCUUCCCCACCACGCUCGGAGAGGAAGCAAUCCGUUUCCCUCCAAACGCUACAUCUGCUCCCCUCCUCCUCUUCAUCCCCCUCUUCUGCUCCUGUCAAUUGCAUCACAACCACUCCUGCUGCCUCCUCAUUGUCGCGGCCCUUUACACUCCAGUACCAGCCUUCUGCGAGCAGCGGCGGAGGCAGCAGCAGUGGCUUGGUGAGCUCCUGGAGGACUCUGGGUAUGCAGGUGCCCUACACUGCUCGGCCCAGAUAGCAGUGCCAUGAGCAGAAACGGGGUGGGCGGGAGGUCUGAAUUUGGGGGUAAUUUAUAAUUAGGAGCUGCUGUAUGGUACCUGCCAAGCUUGUGCCUCAGUCUGAACAAGGUAACUGAAGCAAUCUACCUCAACCCACUGCAACCUAUGCAAUGGACAGGUGUAGACCAACGGGCUCUUCCUCACUGGUGCUCCCAUGUUAGUUUAAGCCACCCGGAGGAUACCAAUGCAUCUAAAUACACAUGCACACACACACGCACACACACAGGUCAGGACCACUCAUAAACGUCUGGUUAAAAUUGUAAAAAAAAAAGAGGCACCGACAAAAGUGGAUAUGUCAUCAAUUAUUGUGUAUUUAAACAAUGUCUUAGUGGCUGGGUUUUUUCUGCAAAAUCUGGGAUCUGCAAAAUUUGUCUUUUUUUUUUUUUUUUAAUAACUAUUCAGAUAAAAACGUGGCAUCAGCUGAGCGAUAAACGAAUAUACCCUGAACAUUUUGCUCCACGCUGAAGCCCAGCACUGUGUUAGCCUUUAACUAUUCCUGGAAUACGACGGAAUCUCCUUUUAGAGGUAAAUGUGGGAAUAUUGACUUGAACAUGUGAUUCAAAAAAAAAAAAUACGGCAUCAUGAAUCGUUUCGAUUUAAAUCAUUUUAAACGGCAGCAUUUGUUCAGUUCGUACACGCAUAUUCCUUUACACUUACACUGGAUAGAAGCCUAUUCACUACAGCCAACCGGCUCAAUCGUCGAGUCAGCUCGAUUACUGUUUUUGGAUUACGUGCAUUUGAUUAUUUUUUUCUUUUACUUUUUUUUUUUUUAAUGCGAGAGUUCCCGAUCUCGUUAACACACACAGCGGCUGAAGCACAAAUUGUUAAACGUAUUUACCAAGUACCUGUGUGUGCAAACAUCAAAUCUUAUAAAGAUAUAUAUAUAUAUAUAUAAUAUCUCCUUUUUAAAAAGAAUUAUUUCUCUUAACGAUGCCUACACGUAAAGGUCGGAGUUUGGCGUUCGAUAUGAAAUCGAUUCAGGUGAUUUUUUUUUUUUUUUUUUCUGAGACAAAUUAUGAUCCAUGGUGCUGAAAACAAUUUUGCUCAGAAAGGUGCUAGAUAUCUGCUUUUGGAAGAUGUACAUCAUUAACGUCGUGGUGCUCUCUGCAAGUAGGAAAACCACACGGACGAUUUCAAAUAAAAAAAGAAAAGAAAAACAAUUUUCUAACACUGGUAAAAAAAAAAAAGUAACAUGGCAACAACAAAAAAAAAACAUCUACUGUGCAACUGCCGGGAUUUUUCUUUUAUUUAAAAAUUUUCUUUUCUUUUUCUCUUUGUUUUAAAAAAACAUUUGAAAGAUGUUUUUGUACUGUGAAUUGGAAGUAACUGUCGAUGUGUAAUUGUAUAUAAUUUGCAAAUAUUUAUCAUUUCCGUUGUGAUGGUUUUUGUUGAUUUUCGUGUUAACGUACCGAGUAACUGGGUGCAACUUUUUUUUUUUUGUGUUUGUGUGACGUAAAAGAAAAACAAACAACGUGGUGCUACAAUCUAUCUCUGGACUGUGCCUAUUUAUAUUAAGAACAUCAGAUAAGAGACACAUUCUGGGUGCUAAUGUUGACAGGGACCUCGCAUUAUGUAGCGCCGAGUGGAAAGCAAUCAGACGCUGUAUUGAUCCGAGGCGUUUUUAAACUCUAUUCUUACUUGAUCGUUUUCUAGUCUUUUAAAGCGGGGACCUCGUCUCCGCCGGUGCUGGCGCACGGCACGUUCGCAGCCGAAGCCUUUCCGUCCGCCGUUCCGCGAGCGCUUAGAGCUUUUCCACAGGGUGUAAAUCUGUGACAUCUGUACUGUCGGAGUGGGCGAUAUGACACAAACACAUAGUGUGUGACACGAUAGGUUGUGCUAUACGCAAUAUACUUCCGGUGCAUAUUCCUUCACUGACACUUCAAUAGGAACACUUUAACUAAUCAGCCACUCGUAUAAUAGCCCACGCAGAAGCACAGGGGUUUUUUUUUGUUUGUUUGGGUUUUUUUUUUUGUUCACGUCCAAUCUCUGUGACUUUACUAUAAGAUGGUCCCAGACAGAAAAACUUAAAACAGCCCAUUCAUUCAACGAUUAAGAGUUUACCCCGAAUGGUGUGAAAAACACCUUGUUGAUAUGAGAGAUGAUAUGAGAGGGGAAUGACUAGCGCUGCCUGGAAGGAUCGAGUAACUCGUAUCGUUAAAUCAUUAAAUCGGUAAAUCGUUAUCAUUAUAUAAUAAUAAUUUUACACCCGUGCUGAGCAGAAAAGCACCUCAGCAUGCACAGAACAUCAAACCAUGAGGUGGGUGAGCUACAACAGCAGGUUCCUCUUCUGAUCCAAAGAUCUGAGGCUCUUAUGGUCAUCAUCUCACCCAAACCAGAGAGUAGAAGACAGGAAAAAGUCUCCAUGAUGCACUUGGCUGGCAGGAGCCUGAUGUUUGUGGUCUGCGCAAGCUUCCAUGUGAUCUACAUCUUGAGAUGCCACAAACUGGAUCAUUCUGUAUAAAGACCGUCAUGUUGUAAAAAUCCUAGGAAUCAGGCGGCUAAAGUCACAGAGAUGAGACUUUUCCUCCGUUCUGAUGUCGGAUGUGAACGUUAACCAGAGCUGUCUGAAUUUUAUCUUUCCUUUCCUUUCUUUCUCAUUGUGCUGCUACAACAUGAUUGGCUGAUUAGACAAAAUGUUCCUAAUAAAAUGGCCGGUGAGUGUAUGUCACUCUCCUUCCGGGGGGGUAAAUUUUCUUUUUACUUUGAUAUUACAUCGUAUCUCCAAGCCCUUCUUGAAGUGUCUGUUCUCUCUCUCUCUCUCUCUCUCUCAGCAUCCCAGGUUAUGAGCCUGUUGUUUGCAGUGAGAAAGAAUUCAGACAUUUUAGUUCUAAGCAUAUUUUUAGGUGCUGGAGGAACCGGACAAGAACCAGUCCGGCUCUCGCGUAAACGCUCUCCUCAGGACGGCGGCGUGUUCUCUAUGAAACGACCUUAUGUACAACAGCCCGAGAAUCCAGUAGGACGUAACCAGCACUGUCGACAUACAUUAUAUACACAGUAUAUAUACACGAUGUAGUGUGUUAAAGUUAGCUGUGUACCAGUUUGUUUUAUUGCUCAAGAUUUAAGCUGAAUAGAAUUUAGACCAGUAACUAAUGGUGCUCUUCUACACAUUUUUUUUUGUUUGUUUGUUUUUGUUUUGUUUUAACCGAGAAAGUGCAGCUCUACGUUUUAAGUACAGACGAGAUGAAUAACAAGGGUUUGCUCUUCGUGCUUUCUGUGAUCUUUGUUUUUCUCAGCUUCGAGGGUGAAACUGCUCUAAAGCCUCGUGUGUGAAAGUACUUGUGUAAGUCUUAUUAACACCAGAGUAGAGGUGUGUGUGUGUGUGUGUGUGUGUGUGUGUGUGUGUUUCCUCAGGUACAGGAUUAGAUAAGAAUUUGUACAUUUCGAGGCAACUUCUCUUGGCACCUGUUUGUAAUUUGGGUGUAAACAGUAAAGACGUGUAGUCUCAGGAAGACGCCUUACUGCUUUGACUUCACAGCUUCGUCUCAAACGGAAAGGGAAAAAAAAUUCCAAUAAACUCGAACCCUUUUUUUUUUUGUGUUCUUUCUAGAUCAUGAGGUUUCCUCUUACCCUUUUCUAACAUCAGUGCCGCUUUCUGCAGCCACUCUCUUACCUGUAUUUUUUAUUCACCAUAAGUUAUAAAGAUGUUCUAGUUAUAUGUGUAAAAAAAAAAAAAAAGAAAUAAAGUAACUUUAUUGCAUCGCUGUCAUACGGAAUGACCAAACGUCCACUCUUCACAUAGAACAGUAUAGGAUAAUGGUGCAAUAAGUCUUCACCAAUGUUCUAAUUGCUGUUGUUGGUGCUGGUUUUAUUGCUUAAUGAAGUGUUUUUAAUUAAAAAAAAUAAUAAUGAUGAUAAAAUAAACAUGGUUUGCCCUUGA